AGAUAUUUUUAUAUAGGAUGGAUUAAAUCAAAAACCCUCUCUCUAAUCAUUUUUUUUUUUUGCUUUCUCCUCAUGAAAAACAAAAGCUUAAACACAAUGAGCUCACAAACAUUCGAAUAUCAGCUCAAAUCAAUGUGUCCCAAUAUUACACCAGAAGAGGUAGCACGACGGAAAAAGAACGAGGAAGCAGGCGCCAUCAUCGCCUUCUUUGCUAUCAUAUGUUUCCUCAUAUUAUUCCCUGUCGUUUUCUAUUUAUUACCAGAAGACCGUCCUCAUUUCGAGAUCAAAAUAGUUUCUAUGGAUUUCACGGCCGAGCCUAAUAAUAAGAGUAGCACACAACAAAGUCAUUAUAUUCCUCUAGUUAGUGCUAGAUGGGAUUUAUUGAUAAGAGUCCCUGGAGAACUUGUUGGUAAUGAUAUAUGUCUUCAAGGAAGCCUCCAAGCUUCUUUCCUUUACAAGAAUGUCUCUCUUGUUACUUCCUCUAUCCAAAGUUACAACGAACUCGAACUAGGCACGCCUCAGCUUCUUAGCGUUUCUGCGGUUGCUACUGGAGAAGAUUUGAGCGGCGCGAUUGGUAAAGAGAUUAUGGAGUCUAUCAAAGAGAGGAAUGAAGUUCAGUUUGGAUCGCGGUUGUCUCUUACUGAUUGUAGAGAGGAGACAAAGAAAGGAACGGUGAGCUAUGAAUGCGAUGAAGCCAAGUUGCGGUUUGAUCAUCUAGGUUCUGAUCAGAUUAAGGCCACUGCGCUUGGAGACCACCCUACCUGCAUCAUUAAAGAAUAGCAAGUUUGUAUCAAGCACCUGGCUGCGUUUGUGGACCACCGUACCUUGUUAGUCCUUUAUCUUUAGUUAUGCGUAAUUGGUGUUGGGUUUUCGUUAA